AUGACAACGAGUAAGGAAUCUGAAGAGCGGUUUGAAGAGAUUAGCUCUUACGGUGUCGAUCAUAUUAUUUGUGUAAUUGAAGAUGACCGAUCUGAGAAGAUUAUUGCAACUGGGAGUGUGUUUAUUGAAAAGAAGUUCGUAAGGGAUUGCGGAAAAGUUGGGCACAUUGAAGAUGUUGUGGUUGAUUCCACUGCUCGAGGGAAACAGCUGGGAAAGAAAAUUAUCGCCUUCCUGACAGGCCAUGCUCAAUCAAUGGGAUGCUAUAAGCUUAAUUACCUAAGACGGCAGCAAGGGCGACGCCAACAGCAGCGGCGUGGACGGCAGCAGCGGCAGCUUGAACACAGCAGCAAAGUGAAUCGCAGCAGCGAUGGUGUGGACGGCAGCAAUGACGACGUGAAUGGCAGUAGCAAUAGAGUGAACGACGGUGUGAAAAAGAGGGUGGGUGGUGGAGACUUUGAGAGGGUUAAGCUGAUGUGAGUUUGAGAUGAAAAGAUAAUAAUAGAAUUAGGAUUUACUUUGUCCUCAGUUUUUUUAAGUUUGGAAUAUUAAAAUUAUGUAAUUUUACUCAAAACUAUAUAAUUUUAUUUAAUUUUUUUUUUAAUUUGAUACAUCAAAACUACGUAGUUUUACUUAAAACUAUGUAAUGUUAUUUAAGUUUUCUUUUAUUUGGUACAUCAAAACUACGUGGUUUUACUCAAAACUAUGUAGUUUUAUUUAAAACUAUAUAGAUUACUUUGAAACUGCAUAGUUUUACUUAAAACUACAUAGUUUUGCUUAAAAAUACUAAAUUUUAUUUUUA